UAAACCUAUUUAAGCGCGGGUCUGAAAGUGAUCGAGGCUAGGGAUGAACACUGCUCUCCAAUGGUCAAGAUGGCCUGCCUCCUGGUUGCUAGUGUCGUGGUCUUGGUUCUGAGCUGUGCCAACAGUGAAUGCUCACACCAACAUAACACAACCUCCGCUCUUGAAAUAGCGCUUCGACCACUGUACUCUCAACUGGAGACUUUCAAGAAUCAACUCCAUGUCGUCAAGGCACUUAUCCCCUUCCAUUGCAGGCUUGGUGUACGUGUUUGCUCUGAGGAGGGGCCUCUUGGGAUGGAGGAUGGUCGAAUUCCGGAUGGUAGCAUCACAGCUUCGUCAUUUUUUAGUAACGACGCGAACUAUGCGCCUCCGAGAGCAAGGCUUAAUACUCAAGGAUUUCCGGCAGCCUGGGCUGACGCUGGACAAAGUGACCCGAAUCCCUGGAUUCAGGUUGAUUUCAAUACCUUCGUCUACGUCACUGCUCUCAUUACCCAAGGCCGUGGUGAUCCGCCUUAUAAUGUCCAACGGGUUACACAGUACCAAGUAAUGUUUAGUGACGAUGGCGAGGCUUGGAGUCAAGAAUCCAACGAAGAUGGGACACCCACAAAGUUCCCCGGUAACAUAGUCAUAGACAGCGAGGUGACCACUCGUUUCUCGCGAGCCAUCCAUACUAGAUUCUUACGCAUUCUGCCCACUGAUUGGACCUCGCACUGCAGCAUGAGGUUUGAGGUCGUAGGUUGUUAUUAGCCACGUUUAAACAAUGGCAGUUUUGGUGAGAAUCUUUUUUUCAAACUUUAAUGGACUUGGAUAAACAUAUGAAGUGCUUAGGUCUUUAAGUUUAACGCUGUGGGUAGGUAACCGGGUUUUCAUUCACUGAGAAUUUAAGUUUUUUUCGGGGAAAGGGAGAAGCGGGUAAUGCCAGAAAUUAGGGGUCCAUUUUUUGUGUCCCUGUCACAUCUGACAUAUGAUUUUUUUUAAUUUCAGAACACAUUUUCUAAUUUCCAAAAGUGAUGAAUUAAUUCAAAUUACCUGUUAGCGAUGAACCCCUCUCACCCUUAGGAAAAGGGGAUAUGCUUUUGAACGAGGAAUUCUCCUGAAAAACCGUGGUUUCGGGUGAGGUGUUAAUCGAGGUGGCUCCCACCAUACGCCAUGUAGGUCCAAUCUGACCUAUAAAGAAAUGUUGAUGGUUAGAGUCGAUGAUCCUAAGGUUACACAAUUUAAAAGUACUGACAGUUGGCCUACAUUUUACAUGUAGACACAAAGAGACCUUCACGGGCGAAGUAACCUUAACAGUAAAAUGAAAAUUAGAAUUAAUUAGACUUCAAGGAAUAUUUCAUGAUUUUUAUUAUUUUUUUUUAUUUCAUGACAAUUAUACAUUUAUUAUAAUUAUUAAUUAUGCUUCUUCUCCUCCUUGGAGACAUUCAAUUGUAUUCCAUUCCCGAGUUUUAGAAGUACUUAGAAAGUAUGCAGGAACAAAAUGUCACUAAAUGUUCCUAAACACAACUUAUACAAUAUUUGUACCCAGAAGAUGCCAAAAACAAACAAAAAUCCGUUAAAAAUUAGCUUUCUAUGACAUUUUAUAUCAAGCUGUUCCUUGCUUUCAAAAUGUAAGAGGUUCAUAUUUUUUUCAUUGUGUGCUGUCAUUGAAAUAAAAAGCCUCAAAUUCAGAUUAUAGAUUUUAAAAAUGCAUGUAUUCAACCUAAAAAAUUGCCUUGGGAGU